UACACAGGAUGUGCUGCUCAGCUGUUUUCCUUUAUGUUCUUCAUCUCAGCAGAAUAUUUCCUGCUGACCAUCAUGUGCUACGACCGCUACGUGUCCAUCUGCAAACUGUACUCGGUGGUGCCUCCUGCCCUGAACCCCCUCAUCUACAGCCUGAGCAACCAGGAGCUCAAGGCUGCAGUGUGG